AAAUUAUCUCGAACAAUUAAGACAAAAUCAUGUUAUUCUUUCUUUCUUUGUUAGGACAAUAAAUAAAAAAGUCACACAUUGAUCUCAUCACACGUCUGAAUCGGAUUUUCCCUUUUCUUUCUCCUUUCUCCUUUCUCUUUCUUCUUAUUCACACACCACUUCCUCAGUUCUCACCUAACCCUAACCAUGGCUACUUUCACCUCCUUCUCUUCUCCAUCAUCAUCAUCUUCCACUCCUCCUCCUUUCUCAGCUCCAUCCUCUUCUUCAGCUUUUGAUGAUGACUCUUUUGAAGAUUCUUGCAGUAUUUGCUUAGAAUCCUUCAGUGUUCAUGACCCAUCUACUGUUACCUGUUGCAAACAUGAAUAUCACCUGCAUUGUAUUCUUGAAUGGUCACAGAGAAGCAAAGAGUGCCCGAUAUGUUGGCAAUCACUUUCUUUGAAAGACCCUGCCUGCCAAGAGCUUCUUGAUGCAGUGGAGGCUGAAAAAAGCUUAAGAUCAAGAAACAAUCAUUCACCUUCACUUGCUAAUUCUCGUGUCCCCUUUGGAUAUUCUAAUGGUGAUCAUGAUGAUUCCUCAGAUGAAAUUGAUUUUGAUGAGGAAAUUAUGCAGCACCUAUAUGCUGCUGCAAGUAGAGCUCGUUUUGUUCAGAGACAGAGAAGACAGGGAUCGUCUGGAGCAGGUCCAUCAGAGAUUCUUGUUUUCAACUCUUCUGGGCCUGUAUCUGGGAUGCAAUCAACACUUACAACUUCACCAGCUGGCGGUAGCUCACCGACCACUGAUCUACCAUCAACUGCCAACGCUCGACCUGAGGUUGCAAGAAACACUAGUCCUGAGGUUGAUGUCCCUUACAGACCAAGAGUUCUUUACAGUCCAUCACCACCUCAGGAUGAGAGGAAACUAAAUACUUCUGAGAUGUUCUCCUUUCCCGAGUCCUUCAAAUCUAAAUUUUCUGCUGCUUCAGCUAGAUAUAAGGAAUCAAUUUCUAAAAGUACUCGUGGCCUUAAAGAGAAGUUACUGGCUCGUAAUGUCACAGUAAAAGAGCUGAGUAAAGGUGUUCAACGUGAGAUGAAUGCUGGCAUAGCUGGAGUUUCACGUAUGAUUGAACGCCUUGAUCUUGCCUCAAAAAGGUCAGGUUCUCCUCUAAUUCCUGUCCGUAAUGGGGGAACUUCAGGCUUUUCCGAAGGGAAGUCUGUUGAAGAGAAAGACACUGGAAAUUCUAAAACUGAAGCAAGUGGAAGUUCAGAUGCCCCCUCACACAUUUCUAGCACUGUUGCUAGUCGAAUGGAAAUUCCUCCAUAUGUUCAGUAUACCCUCCUGGGAUCCUCCAUGAACUGUCUCAUCGUUGUUCAGCUGUCGAGUUCCACCGUGAUGGAAUUUAAAUCAUGUUGUCAACUAAAAAAUCUGGUAUGAAAUUAAUAGAAUAAGUUUGUUUGCGGAAUUUGGGUAGCGUUAACAAAUAAAUUAUUUAUUAGUUAUGUUAAUGUGAAAAAGAAAAGAAAAGAAAAGAAAAGAAAAGAAACACUUUGAUUGGUAUAGUAUAGUGUGUACUGUUGCACCCAAAAAAAAUAGUUGACAAUAAAAUUGUCCUUUCGAAGCGAUGAAUGUAUUUAGUAUAAUUUUCAAUGAUAUUGAUUGAAAGAUGACUGAUGCUUUAAAUUUGUUUACUA